UCCUCCAUCAGCUGAUGACGGUAUAUAAUGUCAACGCUGAGUUUGGCAGGAAGUGCAUCUUGUGCCUAACACGAGCAUGAGGAGAAGAAGCGGUUUUAUACACAGCUACUGGGACACCAAACUGAGCUUUUGACGAAAACAGCAUUAGGAGAUGGACAGCUACAGAAGAGGACGACCAUGGGGAAAGCUAGUCCGAGUGGACUCCAGUGAGACUGUCCUGCUUUUCAAUAGGGAAUGCACGGUUGGCAGAAAAAAAGGAUGUUAUCUGUCUUUUCCAGCCAACAAACUGGUAUCAGGGGAGCACUGCAAGAUUGUGCAAGAUGAAGGCUCAGGGAGGGUGUGGCUUGAAGACAUGAGCACUAACGGCACGGUGAUCAACAUGUCCAAGCUGGUCAAGAAGCAAACUUACAUGCUGCAGAAUGGCGAUGUCAUCUACUUUGUAUACAGGAAAAGUGAGCCAGAACAAAACAUCGCCUAUGUUUACCACUCAAUUAAAACGGAGCAAGCUGUUUCACAACAUAGUUAUGACAUGGAGAGGUCGGCCCACAGUCCUGCUCCUGUUCCACCCUCAGAGAUGUCCCUCUCUGUGGAGCCUGUAAUGCUCACGAAGGCUCCUCGUGACCCAACUCAGGAGGAACCUCAGCCCUCCACCUCCACCUCUACUUCCCACUUCUGCAUCGCCAGCCCUCUCACUUCUGGUCCCAUGGCAACCACAGCCUGUCCUGCUUCUGAUGAUGCUGCAGCCCAGGUAAAAGACAUGGACAGCAUGGAGCCAGAAAGCAAGAGGAGAAAGACUGAUGAUGAUAAAGAUUAUGAUUUGGGCUUGCCACACACCUCCAGCACAGAAGUGGACAGUUCAACAAAGGGAAGUCUUUUGUCUAAACCACCAGUAGGAGGGACUAAGACAGACAAGAUGGAGGAGAGCCUGACGUGUGUUAUUUGCCAGGACCUGCUGCAUGACUGUGUCAGCUUGCAGCCUUGCAUGCAUGUCUUCUGUGCUGCCUGCUACUCCGGCUGGAUGGAGCGUUCUUCUCUUUGCCCCACCUGCCGCUGCCCUGUGGAGAGGAUUCGUAAGAACCACAUCCUCAACAACCUAGUGGAGGCCUACCUCAUCCAACACCCAGAGAAGUGUCGCAGUGAGGAGGACCUGAAGAGCAUGGACAGCCGAAACAAGAUAACUCAGGACAUGUUGCAGCCAAAGGUUGAGCGCUCAUUCUCCGAUGAGGAGGGCAGUUCAGAUUAUCUCUUUGAGCUCUCAGACAACGACAGUGACUCCUCGGACAUAAGUCAGCCUCUAGUGAUGUGCAGACAAUGUCCUGGCUAUAGGAGGGAGGUCAAUCAGAUGCUGUUUGCUACAGGUUCAACCUACUGGCUCCCUGGUCUACCAGCUCCACCAGCUAUACCUUCUCCACCCAAACCAGCAACUGAGGAGGGAACUCCAAAGCCCACAGGGGAGCAGCCCUCAACGUCCUCUGAUAUCCCCUCAGCUCCUCAGGAGUACCGCUGCCCCCCUCAGGGCUGCCAUCUCAUCUGCACCUGCUGCCUCCAGCCGAUGCCAGACAGACGGGCUGAGCUGAACAGCCAGCAGGUUAUUGCUCAACAAUGUGUGCUGUGCCAGCGACCCUUCUGUCAUAUGUACUGGGGCUGCCAGGGGAUUGGCUGUCAAGGCUGUCUGGCUCGAUUCAGUGAGCUCAAUUUGACAGACAAAUGCCUUGAUGGUGUGUUGAACAACAACAACUAUGAAUCAGAGAUCCUCCAGAACUACCUGUCAUCCAGAGGAAAAUCAUGGAGAGAUCUGCAUCAGGAGUCUUUGCAGAGCUUACAGCAGGGAAACUACUAUCUGACAGAUUGUCGCAUCUCUGCAAAUGCCAUCCUGUGCUUCUGCUGCGGCCUGCGGAGCUUCAAGGAGCUCGCCUACAAGUACAGACAGAACAUCCCGUCAUCUGAACUGCCAGCUGCUGUAACAUCUCGUCCCGACUGUUACUGGGGACGCAACUGUCGCACGCAGGUGAAGGCGCAUCAUGCAGUGAAAUUCAACCACAUAUGUGAGCAGACACGUUUCAAGAGCUGAAUGAGCAGAGUGGUUUGUUUCUUGUGUCACAUCAUGUGUCAAAUGUAGAUAACCGAUCAUCUUGUAGACACAAUCUUGUUAAAUUUUGUGCAUUAUAGCUAACUGCCUUCCAGAUUUUAUACAAUAACCUAAUGCUGAAAUUACAAUCAAAAUCCAGUUACAGUAGUGACCAGUGUCUUACUUGACACAGGGCUGUGUGAAAAUAAUGCUAUGCACAAUAACAUUAAAGUUCAAUGUUUACUAAAGGUUUAAGCUGCUUUUUAGAGUUGAGACCUGUGAGGGCAUUUAACACCAUCCACCAUUUUAAAUUACGUUUUGUCUGUGGCUCAUGCUUUAUUCUAGUCUUCGAGUUAACCAUGCAUCAGCUGUCAGAGUAAUGUAUAUAUUUGCUGUUUGUUAAAAAUGCUUCCUGAUAUGUCCUCCAGUUUAUGUGACCGAAAUGAUAGUUUUCUCAGAUUAAGAGCGAUUGAGGCAAUCUGUAUGGAUUAAGGCCAUUUAUGUAGUCUCAUACAUGUUGGUGAGCAUGUUUCUUAUCAUCCUGUCCUUCUCCAGCCUCAGCAGCUGAGGCUUGAAACAUCUGAUGUAAAUUCACUUUCUUUAAUUGAUGUAUUUUAAUGGUCUUGUGAAUUGCUGAGUUAAGAAUCCAGGGUUUCCAUACAACAAAAUGCAGAUUUAAAAAACAAAACUAAAAAACACUGUUAAUUGAUCCAGUAGAAGAACCACUUGGGGCCAAGACACAAGCAGUUUCCAAGAUCCAACCCUUAAAAUAUAUUGAGUGAAAAUGUCGAACCCCUGAGGGAUUUGUAGUUUUCUGAUGCUGUCAGAGGGCACAGAGGACUAUGUUGUAUGCUUUGCUCUGGAUAAUCAUCUCCAAGGUGAUUAAAGUAGUGUAGCUUUCUCAGAGCCUCAUAGUAAAGGGCUAAGCUGUGAUGAAAUGCACAGUUAGAGAGUUUUCAUGUGCAGAGUUUUGCAGGAUGCACUUUUAAAACAAACAGCUGAGACAAUAGUGCCAAUACAACACAACAUCAUGUUCAGUUUUAGUUGUGUUCCAGUUCUAUAUGUUAUAGGUUCAUUUUUAAUGGAGGUUAUAGUUCAUCAGUGUUGACUUGGUUAAAUUUCCUCUGCUUCCUCAGGUACACAAAACUUCUGUUUUGUUGUUUUAGAUUGAUGUUUGAUGGUUAUGUUGAAUCUGAUGACCUCUUCAUUCAUGACUAUCAUCACCCAAGUGUCAGCAAGUCAUCAAGCAAACAAUGCACAGCUAGUAUUAUUGUCUACUGUAAAAGAAUUAGACAAAUCAAUUUUUUGUUUUUGGACUGUUUAGUCAAAUAUGACCAUCUAGAUGAUAUUUUCAAGAGGCCUUAUAUAUUGGAAUAAGGAUGAAGUAAUAGUCUUUAUGUCCCUUUUUGUUGUAGGAUUACUGUUCUUAUGAUUAUUUUUAGUGUAGAAGAAUAAGGGAGUAGAAAAUGUUAAAAGAUGGCUUUAGCUUGCAUCCAGUACAUUAUAUUUAUGAUUUUUAUACAUAAAUGCUGGUCUUACUUUUCCACUUUUAUUUAGUUUUUCAGUUGAUUGUAGAAGAGUACAUAGGCCUACUAAAGAUUUCUAGAAAUUUUUGCUAGGUGUUUUAUAUUGUACAACUAUAAGAAUAUUUGCACAUAACUUGUCUCACAAAUGGAAAGGUUUCUUGAUAAGGUAUCAACAAGAGCUGCCUUUAUCAGGCAUAUGAGAUGUCAGUACAGUAGCUCAUAACAUCUGGUUUGUGAUCAUAUGAAGAGUUUCAUUCUAGAGUGAGAUAUGCAUCAUCAAGCAAGAGCAUGUAAUGGAAGAAAUUUUGAUUUGUUUGUUUAGAAAAUGAUGUGAAUUUUUGAUAUAUAGUAUCAAUGACAUUAGCAAUAGUGAAUAUGGAUACAUAAUGUGCUGUUUUGGAAUGUAGCUCUUCAUAUUUUUGUUUUAAGAGUUGGUGGAAAAAUGGGAUUGUGAAUGGGCACUUUCCUGGCCUCUGUUGGGGCUCCUGAGUUAAUUUGUACUGUUAGCAAGAUGGUUUAUGUGUAUUUUUCUUUUUUACCCUUUCAAUUAUGGUGGGUCCACACUGGCAUUCCUUAGUGGCUCAGGGCCUCAGCACAAACCCGGUCGAUCCCCCGACAGAGUGGCUGAGUUUUAAUUAUUCCUUACUGGGGAUCUGGGCACCCUAAGCCAACAACAGUCCCAAGCCGCUCCAAUCAGGAAUUGGUAUUAAAGAGGAUUUGAAUGAGUGCUUUGCAUUCUCCCUGGGGUGGGGUAUGUUGUAUACUAAGUCAAAUAUUUACUCACUUUGUGUGAAAAACGUCUGGACCAGGCUGCUCAGCAGUAUGGAAGAGGCAGGUUUCAUUCUACCUCAUUAGAGCUCCCAGGAAUAUGGGAGAGUAAACAGGCAUCAGACUUGCAUUCACAUCUGUUCAAAGAUGGACACACAUCUCUUAAUAUGAGGAAUGGAAGUACCUACUGAUGCCUGUUAACUGUGUAUGCAAUGCACUAUCUGAACAGAUUAGAUUUAUCUAGACUAUAAUCAGCUUCUAAUUAAAUAGCACUAGGCACAUGCAAAAUUUUAUGAGGACUUGAGUUUGAUAUGUUUGAUAAAUGCCUCUUUACCCUGUACGUUGUUAGCAAUGCUAAAAUUGUAUUUGAAAUGCAUAUGGAUCUGAUUUGCCUGUUUAUUCUAAAAAAAAUAAAAGACUGAUUUCACUUGUUUGUAGAAA